CUCACAAGCGAUGAAACAAAUCACAUUUCCCAGAACUGUAUCGCUUCGUGCAUAGCAUUAUACGCAUUUUGGGGUAAAAUGAGAAGCACCAUUAAAAUUCUUAUGAUUCCUUGUGUGGGUCAGGAUGAGCAAAUGGAUUAAGUCGGUAGUAAAACCACAACACACUCCCACACUCUUAUGUGGAUAUGGACACACACACACACACACACACACACGCACACACACACACACACACACACACACACAAAGAGCCUUCAUUCAUUGGUUUCUGCUGAUGAAUGAACAGCUUGUUGGGCCAAUCAGAUGCAUGUGACCCGUUUAUAUGGAGGCUGAUGGGAACCAGCCUCACACACUCACGCACGCACAUGUGCGCACACACAUAGACCCUCAAGCAUCAUUCAUCAUGCACAGCAAAGAGCUGAUCAGCCACGAUGAAUACCAGAAAUCGGCGGAUUGGCUAAAGUCUCAGACCAAACAUCGCCCCCAAGUGGCCAUCAUCUGCGGUUCGGGCUUGGGCAUUCUGGCUGACGCCCUCAAGUGCCAGGAUUCCUUCCCCUACGCCGACAUCCCGGGUUUCCCGCAGAGCACCGUUCAAGGUCACGCCGGCCGGCUGGUUUUCGGGGAGCUGAAGGGGAAAACGUGCGUGUGCAUGCAGGGUCGAUUCCAUAUGUAUGAAGGACACUCACUCUGUAAGACCACGUUUCCGGUGCGCGUAUUCAAGCUGCUGGGCGUGGAGACCUUGAUUGUGACCAACGCCGCCGGCUCACUGGCUGACGGCCUGCGCCCCGGCGACAUCAUGAUCAUCAAGGACCACGUCAACUUCCCCGGCUUGGUGGGUCUGAACCCUCUGAACGGACCCAACGAUGACAAGUUCGGGCCGCGUUUCCCGGCCAUGUCGGGAUGCUAUGACAAAGGUCUGCGCGCCCUGGCUAUGGAGAUUGCAAAGCAGAUGGGCGUGGCCAACCUGACGCAGGAGGGGGUGUACGCCAUGGUGGGGGGGCCAACUUUUGAAUCCAUCGCUGAGGCCAGACUGCUGCAUCGACUGGGCGUGGAUGCUGUCGUUACAUCCCAUUUAACGCCAUGUGCACCUCUACACGCAUGGUGUCAUCACUUUCCAGGCAUGAGUACUGCCCCUGAGGUUGUGAUAGCGACCCACUGCGGCUUGAGAGUCUUUGGCCUAUCUCUCAUCACCAACAAGGUGGUGAAGAGCUACGAGGACCCGGAGAGCGUGGACCACCAGGGGGUUCUGGAGGUGGGCCGGCAGCGCUCACACACGCUGCAGCAGCUCGUGACCGAACUGGUCGCCAGGAUGGAAAUCAACAACAACAACAACAUCAGCACCAGCAGGAAUAAUACUCUUUGAGCAAAGACCCCAUGUUCCUUUUUGUACAGAUGGGACACGUUACAGCUAACUUCUUUUUAUAAUCAACCACUGUUAUUUGAACAAAAAUAUUUAUAUAUAACUUCUAUGAAUUCAGUAAAGGUGUAUUAUUAUCCAGCCAUCCAAUUUGUAUAAUUGUAGUAAACUUAAAUAGUGGUGUUCUA